GUAGGGCUUCCCAAUACCACUGAGCAACUCGAAGUAACUCGCGGGUCGUUCUUGAAUACAGUGGAAUGACAUUUUACCGAUGGCGAAUCCAGGCACUCAAAGACUCUCCGUGCUGGAGCCUCCUGUCGUUGGAAAUGUCAGCCAUCACAGUAUUGACCUGAGCUGGGCCAGUGAGGAGAAUUCAGCUCGUAAGGGUCCUACUGAGAAUUGGAAUCUGUUUUCUGUUGAGGAGGAGAACUCCAGAACUCACAAGUAUAAUACCAUCUACAUGGGGUACAGCACUCAAUACACAGUUGAGGGUCUGGAACCUAGUACUACCUACAAAGUCAGACUAAAACUCACCCAUCCUUCAGGGGAGACCAUAUAUAGCCCUGUGAUUACUAUCUCCACUACAAGGGAGCCUAUGACUGGGAGGAACCUUCAUCGGGCUAUCACUAUGAACGACAAGGAAGAGCUUGCCAAGGUCCUCCAGUCCGGGACAGUCAGUGUGAAUGUGCCUGACACGCAUGGAUUCACUCCCCUAAUGGUGGCAGCCCAGAAAGGCUUUACCAGUUUAGUCCAGACUUUGGUUCAGCAUGGUGCAGAUGUGAAUAUGAAGAACUGCAGUGGAAAGGAUAGCCUAAUGCUGGCUAGUUUCCAUGGACACCUGGAUGUUGUGAAGUACCUGAAGGAAUGUGGAGCCUCCUGGAGCUCCCGGGACCGGGCAGGCUGCACGCCGCUUCACUGGGCUGCAGACGGGGGUCACCUGUCGGUCAUCACUCACUUAUUACAGGAGGGCUGUGAGGUAGACGUGAGGGACGGGUUCUCCCACUGGACGCCUCUCAUGCGAGUCUCGGCGGUGAGCGGGAACGUGGAGGUGGCCUCCCUGCUCCUCGGGGCCGGGGCGGACGUCGACGCCAGGGACAAGGACGGGAAGACGCCGCUCAUGGUUGCUGUUCUGAAUAACCACGAACAGUUGGUCCAGUUGCUACUGGAGAAUGGAGCAGACCAUGACGUAAAAAACGAGUUUGGAACAGGCGUUGCAGAAAUGGCCAAAGCUUUUGGAAGAGAGAGCAUCAUCAGUUUGUUAGAAGGAAAGGAGAUCCACUAGAAGAAUUCAUCAGAUUAUUUUACAAUUAAGGAAAUACAUUUCAAAGGUAAUUAAGGACUAAUGGCUUACAAAAAAUCCAUCACAUGCUCUUAUAAUACCACUUUAUUCUAGCAUAAAUAAUUGAAAUUAAACAGAUAACAGCAGUUUUUUUAAAGAAAAACUUUAUUAAAUUUGUUCCGUUUUUUUUCCAUUACUGUGUUCCAGUCCUUGUACUGCCAUAGGUUACCAACUAAUCUGACUUGUGAAAUAUGUGGAAACCUAUAGUAGUUUUCUUACAUAUUCCUGUAUUGAUAGUUGUUGUACAAUGCAAUAGUUCCCCAUUGCCAUGUUCACCUGUAACACCAUAGAUGAGGAAGAAAAGGAAAAUAGAGUAAUCACACAUAUUUACAACGACAGUGAGGAAUACUGAGGAUAUUUUGUAUACACAGGCUGUAACAUGUCUUUAAAUGGGAAAUUAAACAUUCUAGUACAACUUGAUUUCAAUGUGUAAAUUGAUGCAGACACUUACAAGAUGUAGUGAAGAACAAUGUUCGUGUUUCCUCAGCAAAAUAUCCAUAAAGUAGAAAAAUAAAAAGUCACAAACGUACAAAUGUUUUAGUGUGAAAUAACAAAAUGCCUUAAAGUGCAGUGUCCAACCCGAUGGACUACACAUAAGGCAUGGCUAUUUAAAAACAGAUUGGUAUAUUGUAUACUGAAAC